AUGGCUUCGCCUUUGCCUUCGGCCCUCCCUCGUCUCUCGCUCCUCUCCAAACCUUCACCACCUCAACACCACCACCUUCUGCUAGCUCCGACCCGACCCGAACUUUCCCCGUUCAAAUGCUUGGCCGGGCAGACCGGGUUCUUCACCCGGCUCGGAAGGCUUAUCAAGGAGAAGGCCAAGAGCGACGUAGAGAAGCUCUUCUCCGGCUUCUCCAAGACUCGGGAUAAUCUCGCCGUCAUCGACGAGCUCUUGCUCUACUGGAAUCUCGCUGACACGGAUCGAGUCCUUGACGAACUCGAAGAGGCUCUGCUGGUAUCGGAUUUUGGUCCAAAAAUCACAAUUAAGAUUGUGGAAAGUUUGAGGGAGGACAUAGUAGCUGGGAAGCUGAAAUCUGGAAGCGAGAUAAAGGAAGCAUUGAAGAAGAGUGUGCUGGAUUUGUUAACUACAAAAGGGAGCAAAACUGAACUUCAACUUGGAUACAGGAAACCAGCUGUGGUUAUGAUUGUUGGAGUUAAUGGAGGUGGGAAGACAACAUCUCUUGGAAAGCUGGCUUACAGAUUGAAGAAGGAAGGGGCCAAGGUGUUGAUGGCAGCAGGGGAUACAUUUCGAGCAGCUGCCUGUGACCAGCUGGAGAUAUGGGCUGAGAGGACGGGGUGUGAGAUUGUUGUGGCUGAAAAAGAGAAGGCUAAAGCAUCAUCAGUUAUUUCUCAGGCUGUGAAGAGAGGGAAAGAACAAGGUUAUGAUAUUGUCUUAUGUGACACCUCUGGACGUCUGCACACUAAUUACGGCCUGAUGGAAGAGUUGAUUGCAUGUAAGAAAGCUGUGAGCAAAGUCAUUCCUGGCGCUCCUAAUGAGAUCCUACAAGUUCUGGAUGGGACGACAGGUUUAAACAUGCUUCCGCAAGCAAGAGAAUUCAAUGAGAUUGUUGGGAUAACUGGUUUGAUAUUGACAAAACUUGAUGGCUCUGCUAGAGGUGGCUGCGUGGUCAGUGUGGUAAAUGAACUUGGCAUCCCUGUAAAGUUUGUGGGUGUUGGUGAAGGUGUAGAAGACCUCCAACCCUUUGAUGCAGAGGCCUUUGUUAAUGCCAUAUUUUCGGAAAAACUUAUUGGAGUCUCCAACGCAUUUGAGUGUAAUAUCCCUGCAUCUUUGCUUCUUUCCAAUGGUUUCAUUGAGUUGAGAUUUCUUCCACUCCUCGCUACAGAACCAUCAACUAUCACCCCUGCCUAUAAGCGAAAAUCAUUCAGAAUUUACAACCCAAACUUUUACGUGCCAACAUCAUCCAUCCUCUCAACUCUUUCCGCCGUCCUCCAUCCUUUCUCGAUCUCACUGCCUCAGUCCCCGCUCAUAUCCUCUUCUCACUCUCAGAUGAUCAGAUCUCACUGGGCUUUCAUCAAAGGUAAGAAAUCUAUGAUUGAAUUGAUGGCUUGCUCUGCACUUGAAUUAAAAGUGUUUCAACAUUUCUCGCGUCUCAUGGAGAACACAAUCGAAAUCAUGUAA